CCGCGCGCCGGGUGGUGUUGGCAGAGGCCGAGGGGCCGCAGAGGCGUUCAGGGCCGGCGGGGCAGCAGGGGCUGCAAGGGUCGUCGUCAUGGGAAGUCUGCAGGACGAGCUGCUCAAGGCCAUCUGGCACGCUUUCACCGCGCUCGACCUAGACCACAGCGGCAAGGUCUCCAAGUCUCAGCUCAAGGUCCUUUCACAUAAUCUGUGCACGGUGCUGAAGGUUCCACAUGACCCGGUUGCCCUUGAAGAGCACUUCAGGGAUGACGAUGAGGGGCCUGUCUCUAAUCAGGGCUACAUGCCGUAUCUAAACAAGUUCAUUUUGGAAAAGGUCCAAGACAACUUUGACAAGAUGGAAUUCAAUAGGAUGUGUUGGACCCUCUGUGUCAAAAAAAACCUCACAAAGAAUCCCCUCCUCAUUAUGGAAGAAGAUGCAUUUAAAGUAUGGGUUAUUUUCAACUUUUUAUCUGAGGACAAGUAUCCAUUAAUAAUUGUGCCAGAAGAGAUCGAAUACCUGCUGAAGAAACUUACAGAAGCUAUGGGAGGAGGCUGGCAGCAAGAACAGUUUGAACAUUAUAAAAUCAACUUUGAUGACAGUAAAGAUGGCCUUUCUGUAUGGGAACUUAUUGAGCUUAUUGGAAAUGGAAAGUUUAGCAAAGGCAUGGAUCGUCAGUCACUGUCUAUGGCAAUUCAUGAAGUCUUUAAUGAGCUUAUAUUAGAUGUGUUGAAACAGGGUUAUAUGAUGAAAAAAGGCCAUAGACGGAAAAAUUGGACUGAACGCUGGUUUGUGCUAAAACCCAGCAUAAUUUCUUAUUAUGUAAGUGAGGAUCUGAAAGAUAAGAAAGGAGAUAUUCUCUUGGAUGAAAAUUGCUGUGUAGAGUCCUUGCCUGACAAAGAUGGAAAGAAAUGCCUUUUUCUCAUAAAAUGUCUUGAUAAGACCUUUGAAAUCAGUGCUUCAGAUAAGAAGAAGAGACAAGAGUGGAUUCAGGCCAUUCAUUCUACUAUCCAUCUGUUGAAGCUGGGCAGCCCUCCACCCCACAAAGAAGCCCGCCAACGCCGGAAAGAACUCCGGAAGAAGCUGCUGGCGGAGCAGGAGGAGCUGGAACGGCAGAUGAAGGAGCUCCAGGCAGCCAACGAAAACAAGCAGCAGGAGCUGGAGUCCGUGCGGAAGAAACUGGAAGAAGCAGCGUCUCGCGCAGCAGAAGAGGAAAAGAAACGCCUUCAGACUCAAGUGGAACUGCAGGCCCGGUUCAGCACAGAGCUGGAGCGAGAGAAGCUUAUCAGACAGCAGAUGGAAGAAGAGGUUGCUCAAAAGUCCUCUGAACUGGAACAGUAUUUGCAGCGAGUCCGGGAACUCGAAGACAUGUACGUAAAGCUGCAGGAGGCUCUUGAGGAUGAGAGACAGGCCCGGCAAGAUGAAGAGACGGUGCGGAAGCUUCAAGCCAGGUUGUUGGAGGAAGAGUCUUUGAAGAGGGCUGAACUGGAAAAGUGGCACUUGGAGCAGCAGCAGGCAAUUCAGACGACCGAAGCAGAGAAGCAAGAGUUGGAGAAUCAGCGCCUCCUGAAAGAACGAGCCCUUCAGGUGGCCCUGGAGCAGCUGGAGCAGCUGGAGUUAGAGCGGAAGCAGGCGCUGGAGCAGUACGAGGGAGUUAAAAAGAAGCUGGAGAUGGCGACUAGUAAGACCAAGAGCUGGAGGGACAAAGUGGCCCAUCAUGAAGGACUGAUUCGACUGAUAGAACCAGGUUCAAAGAACCCUCACCUGAUCACUAACUGGGGACCUGCUGCUUUCACGGAGGCAGAACUUGAAGAGAGAGAGAAGAACUGGAAAGAGAAGAAGACCACAGAGUGACUGUCCACGGCGGAAGUCACCCUGGCUGUGUAGAUACUUCGUGGCAGGAGAGCUUUAUGCUAAAGACAAAAGAAAUGGGCUUUGCUGCUUCUAACUCUUCUUCCUUCAGUGGCUCUAAUUGGGUCAAUGUCCUAAAGAAACCUUCCUAUUUAUCUUCCUGAAAAAAAGGCAGUUUUGAUUGUCAUGCUCUUUACUUUCUCUGAAAACUUCAGCUUCUGAAAAUUACCUGUUAGUUCUGAUUCUUCUGUAAAUGAGGCAGUUUAUAGAUAGCACAGUCAACUCCAUCACCUGCAGUAUUGGAAGCGGGUGGAGGGGGGGGAUAGAUGCUCAGUACCACUGGACAAUCAGAAUCUCUUUGGACCGGGUGUCAGGAUUUUCCCUUGGGCAGCAGGUUUGUUCUCCAAGUAGGUGUUUUUAGACCAGAUGGGCCAUUCUGCUUGCCAUUCCGUGCCAGCUGACAUGAAACGCCUUUGACCAUUGGUUUUCUGAUGGAGGAGUCAUGUGGCCACUGCCAUUUCCUGGUUGAGGUCCUGGAAUGUGAGCUGGUUAGUGGAUGACACUAUAUAUAUACUAUACUUACAGCUUGCUAAGUUUCUGAGCGUAUAGUAAGAAACGUCUUCCCUAUCCUUCAUAAACUGGCAUGUAUCAUUCCCAUCUCUUUUCCCCUCACCUCAAAGGAAACAUCCCUUUGCUCAUUACCUAACCUAAUUUUCUCUUGUUCUCUCUCUCUAGCAAAUGAUAUGCUACCAAGUAUAUGCCAGGCUGUGAGAGGAUUCUAUUAAGUAGUAAAGAAGCUAAUUCGAAAUAAAAUUUGGAUAAUUUAUAAAGCAGGUUAUGUGCACACGGGCCGUGGGAGUUGACUGUCUGCUAGACUCAAAACGUCAUGAAGAUAGUGAUGUGUCUUCUGUUAGCUGAGCCAUGAUGUCAGCCUUCGUUAGUGGGCAGCUUUUCUGCUUUUUCUCUUCCUCCAGGGGUGGUGACAGUGGAAUAGCCUGUAAAUUGGGAUCACAGUUUCUAUGCAUCUGGUUUGAAAGGAGUAUUGAGGAAGGUUUUCGUAUAUGAUUUCUUACCGGAUUAAGAAUAUUAUUUAUGAGCUCAAGCCUUCCAACACUACUCACAGUGUAUAAGCAAUAGUAGUAACUCCGUGGACAGUAAUGAUGCUUAAAAUUGUACAUAAAUUUGGGGAUAAUUCAGUUGUUGCUUUGAAAAAAAGAGGCAGCAGAAUUCAGUGGAAUAAUUAAAGUCUUUCCCUGUCUACAAGUAUUAAAUGAGGACAGAGAACCUCGUGGGUCCUUAUGCUAAUGCUUGCAUAAAAGUAGUAAGGAAGCUAUUCUAAAAAGAUGGCCACAUCUGGAGAGUAUGGUUUUAGAGAUUUCAGUGUAUGUUUUUAUUUACAUGAGAGGAAACUGGAAUGUAAUCCCAUAAACUACUGCCUUUUAUGACUGGAAAACAUUGGCAAAUGAAAAAUUUUAGAAAUUUAUCUUCAGGUUUUUUGCUGUUUAAUAAAAAUGUAACUUAAAUGUUUUUUAAGGUUGCCUUUAUAAAGUUUAGAUUAUUAUGUAAAAUGUCUUUGUAUCAUGUACCCUCAAAAUUUAGCAGCUAAUUUGGGUGCUGGUUUCUGCCCAGCCGUUUGUCAGUAUUACGGUUUUAUUUAGUAGCUGGGAGGUAUAUUAGACCAAGACCUAGGUAAGAAGUGGAACCUUCCCUGUGGUUUGAUUACAUGUCACACCAGAAUAAGGAAAAAAUACAAAGAAGCUGAAGUGAAAUCAAUGGGGUGGAAAGAGGCUUAGGAGACUAACACCCUAUGCCUGGGGGAAGGGUAGUGGUGUAACAUGUGAAUUUCUACUUUGGGGACGUGUUGAAAUAGGCCACAUACCUUUGGAGAAUGUCCUUCCUUCAACCUGGCUUAUUCCACAUCUACAGUUGAAAACAUGACCUGGAGCUUACAGGCUCCCCUGGACCUCACUGUGUGGCCCUGGGAUGCCUGCCUGAGGACUGCGCACUUUCUAGUCUCAGGUGGCCCUUUGCUUGACCAAGCAGUUGUAUGUGGUUGUGCAGGUGGUUUCUAUUGAAUGCAUUGUGUUUACAUCUUGACCUCAGUGGCACUAUCUCUAGGAGGCAAAAAAUCCUUUUACACAGUGCCUUAGCUAAGAUGGGUACUUCAUGAAUCAAAGUACAGAAAUGAACUAAGUCGAUCCCAUUUGGAAGGAUAUUUUGAUGCUAACUGAAUUCCUCCUAAUAUUUAAAAUGAUGUCAGCUGUCAAAGUGCUGACAGGAGCCAUGGUGGUCUUUUGUAAUUACUGUACAGAAAAUUUCAGAGUGAUUGUCAUAAUCAGGCCUUUAAUAAGUAGGAAGGGAUAUGAGCAUUUAUAGGAAUUAUGCAUGAAAAAAGUUUUAAGAAUGUAUUUUUGUGAUAUGCUGUGUUGAGAGGAAACCAAAUAUUUAUACUCCUAAAACAUUCUUCUUGAAACACUGUACAAUGUAAUGUGCUCAACUUGACUUUUUUGCUAAUUUUUCU